AAUUGUUCAUUCAAAAACCCUAAUUAUUUACAUUUCUUGAUACAAUGUCAAUGCAGCAAAGGCCGCACUUCGACGAAUCCCUAUGGGUGAAGCGCAUCCAGCAAUCCAUCGACGACGAUCUCGACGAGGAUAGCAAGAUCCCGGUGACUAUCUUCGCCGUCCCCAAAAUCCUAAUGGCGACCGAUCCGGAUUCAUACAUCCCGCAACAAGUGGCGAUCGGGCCGUACCACCAUCUUCGUGCCGAACUCUACGACAUGGAGCGCUACAAAGUCGCCGCUGCCAAAAGGAACCAAAAGGAGCUAGACAACGUGAAGCUGAAGCAACUCGUUGAUCAUCUCAUGAAGAUGGAGCUCCGAAUCAAAGCCAGCUACCACCGCCCCCUCGGAAUCGGGGUGGAAGCCCUAGCUUGGAUGAUGGCGGUCGAUGUCUCCUUCCUGUUCGAGUUUAUGCAGGUCUGCGCCGUGAAGGAGGGGAAGGUGAUCACCAGGAUUCCGUCGAGAAUGGAUUAUCUCAUCGAUUUGGCGCGGAGAAAAACCGCUCACAACGCGAUUCUCAGAGACAUCGUGAUGCUCGAGAAUCAGAUCCCGCUGUUUGUGAUGAGGAAGCUUCUGGAGCUUCAAUUCUCGUCGCUGGAGAUGGCGGACGACAGACUUCACGCGAUGCUCGCCGCCCUCGCCAAGGAUCUCUCCCCCUUUCAGAUGGCGGAGUCCUACCAACGCGUUGCGCUUGGCGAUUGCGCUCACUUGCUCGAGUUUCUCUACAAUUACGUCGUUCCGAGCACGGACCGGGAGAAGCCGGCGUCGAUCGAGAUCGACGUGGCGGAGGAGGGCGCGGCGGAGGGAGAGGAGGAGAUGGUGGAGACGACGCACGUGAGGCAGCUGCGCGUGGUGGUGUGGCGCGUGAUCUACACCUCCGUGAGGACGCCUGCGCGUUUCGUGAAAAGGGUAAUUCUGUCAAAACCGAUGAAAUUGGCGGUAAAAUUGCCGUGGAAGGUGGUUUCCAACAUCCCGCUUUUGAAGACGCUGACGCAGCCGAUUGAGAGCAUGUUCUCCGACUACGGGGAGAAGAAGGACGACGGCGACGGCGGAGAUGACGAGGAGAAGCCGCCGCUGCAGGAGGAGAUCGUGAUCCCCUCCGUCACGCAGCUUGUGGACGCAGGGGUGAAUUUCGUGCCGACGGAGAAGGGGAUCUCGGGGUUCAAUUUCGAUUCGACAACCCUGACAUUGACGAUUCCGGUGGUGAAGCUGGAUCUGAACUCGGAGGUGGUGCUGAGGAACCUGGUGGCGUACGAGGCGUGCGUGAAGUCGGGGCCGAUGGUGAUGGCGCGGUACACGGAGCUGAUGAACGGGAUCGUGGACACGGAGGUGGACGCGGCGGUGCUGUGCCGGAGGGGGAUAAUCGUGAACCACCUGAAGAGCGAGAGGGAGGUGGCGGAUCUGUGGAACGGGAUGAGCAAGUCGAUCAGGCUGACGAGAGUGCAUUCGCUGGAUUGUGUGAUCGCGGAUGUGAAUAAGUUCUACAGCGAUCGGUGGAAGGUGAAAUUGGCCAAGUUCAUGAGGGAGUAUGUGUUCGGAUCGUGGAGGUUACUGACGUUUCUGGCGGCGGUGGUGAUGGUGGCGCUCAUGUGUUUGCAGGCGUUUUGCCAGGUGUAUAGCUGUCACAAGAUUCUGCGCAUCAAAGCGCUUGAGCCUGAUGGCACUCAAUGAUUCAUUUCAAUUUCUUUUCUCUCUUUUCUCUGAAUUUGGAGAACGAAUGUGCAAACUUAUGUUUUGUAAUUGUCACUACUCUUUUAUCGUU